UGGCGAGACACCUGCCAACCAGAUUCUUCUCUCACUUAUGAACUGGUAUAAAUUGUGUCUUUGAAUUAAUCAACAACAGCUCAGGGCAGAUGCAGGAACCGCAGCUCUGGGUGCGCAGGUGUGCCCGAACAACAACAACAACCACAGCCAGCAGCAACCCCUCUACGACGUAGGCUCCUCUCCUCCCGAUUACCCUACAAAGGUUACGUUCUCCACCGAAAAUCUCCAUUGCUCACCAUUCAUUAAAGAUCUGUCACCCCCCACUAAGAUUUUUAACAGAAGAAAGACUUUAAUUUUAUAGCUGUUGUAAAAGCUUUUAAUAGAUCUUGCUGAAGUCUGCUGAUGCUAUGCAAAGCUCGGUUUAAUAAUAGUAUUCGUGUUAAAUUCUUACAGUCGAACGUGCACUUAUCUUGUGAUAAAUACUUAAUGUUUUUGUUUGUUGAAAUUUAGAAUAGUUUUCUGACUUAAUUGUCAUCUUAAUGACAUUCCAAUAAUUCUAAAUGUUGAUUGAAUACUUGCAGCUUACAUAGUUAGAAAUUUUACGUUAAGUAGUCGUGGUCUUCAAAUUACGGGAGGUUUAUAUAUAUAUAUAUAGUUUACUAGUAAUUGUUAUUGUCAUGUGUUGUAAUAUAUCAGGUAGUUUAAUUGCGAAUAUGCUCCUAUUUUGGCCCACUCAAGAUCAGUGGGAUGCAUUGUAUUUAAGAAAGAGUUUUCGACUUGAUAAGGUGUUUUUUAAAUCAUAUGCUCUCAAAAAUGGAUUGUCCCAACUCGAGACUGGGACGAAUCGAACCAAUCGCUCAAAGGCUAUUGUCUACGCCCAGACCCAUGGCUACACUAAGUAACGUCGGUCAACUACAGGUGAUCUUGACCAUUAACUUCUACAGGCUGUGCGCUUUCAGUCGUAUAAACUCCAGGCCCACGUGUUAUUUCCGGUGGUAGGCGCUACUUGACCCGUCGAAUGCGGACGGAACUGAAGCGAUUAAGAUUCGCCACACUGGGUAGCUAAAUGACUUGAAUUCCUCCAUUGUCAGCGUCUUUGACUGUGCUGAUUACAAGUAGACUUACUAAAAAAUUUGUUAUUUUUAAUCGAAUAUGUACUGCAUUCGUGUCACGCGUUUUAGACCAAUUUAGGAUUUCUUAUUGAGCUUUCCUAGAAUUUGAUCUAAAGUUGUCUAAAAUGCUUGAUUGUAAUAUAAUUCACUUUCAGGAUUUUAAUACUAGGUUAUGCCGUUAUGUGACAUGCCUGCAGGAACUGUUAUUGUUCCACAUGUUUCAUACUCCUGUUUGUGCAUUUACAAGAGCCUUUCACCUAGGUAACAGCUGAACGUCUUCAUACUAAACAUCGAGGGAGCUUCACACUCAUAUUAAGCUCUGUUUUUCUCUAGGUGAUAAUUAAUGUGAGCGUAAUGACAAAAACCACCUGUUAGUUAUUUUUUUAAACUAUAAAUUAUAUUUUCAAGUGUAAACAUUAGCAAAGUAAGGAGACUAGUUUUGAAAAAAAAAACUGUCUUUUUACAGAUGUUUCAGUGUUUAGGUACAAUAUCAAAUUUUGUGGAGGCCAGUUACUAUUAAAUUGUCGCUUUUUUCUUUCUAUCAGUAAUGCAAUGUGCUGCACUGGCUAUUUACGAUUGUAUCAUAAUACCAAUAUUUAAAUGCAGUUUUCCCGUUGGCGUUUGUGUGACCGUGUGUAUGUGUGUGGAUUAUUGUAGCUUCGACGUGACUUCAUGGACUUGCUGAGAGAACAACGCAAACUCGAUCGCUACUCGUCGUGGACACGAACCAAGGAAGAAAUUCGCGACGACCCUCGCUAUCAAGCCAUCGAAAGCUCGUCCACAAAGGAAGACUACUUCCGAGAGUACUGCUCUAAGCUGUCUAAGUCAUCUUCGAACAACGAUCGGGGUGGUAGCGACCGUGGACGUAGCAGCGCAGAUCGAGGAGGUGGAGAACGUGGUAAGUCAGUCAGUGAAGCCGGCGAACGAUCCGACUCCGAGGAGCGACAAAAGAAGGAGCGUAUUGAAGCUUCGCUACGACAACGGGAGAAAGAAGUCGCUGAAACGCUUUCAUCUAGUUUAAAGCAACGCGACCGAGAAAGGGAGAUGCACCGACGCGAAGAAGCCGUUCAGAGUUUCCAGGCUCUGCUUACGGAUCUGGUGCGCACAUCGGACAUGUCGUGGCACGACGCGAAAAAAAUGCUUAAAAAAGAUCACCGCUAUGCAGGAUCCCGUGAAGGUGGUUUGGACAAGGCCGAACGAGAGAGGCUCUUUGACGAACAUGUUUCACAGCUAAAACGCAAGAAGAAGGACAAAUUUAAGUUGAUGCUCGCCGAAUGCGGCGACAUCACUCUCAAUAUGCCGUUCAGCGACGUGAGCACAAACACAAUUUCGUCCGCGCACACAACUGGAAGUAAUCGCCAGUACGUAGUAGCUAUCAACGUCGCGCUCAACUCGAACAGGCUGUCUUCAAAGGCUGCCAUCUCCGAACGGUCAUGUAUUCAGGUGCGCCGGCAAAGUGUAAACACGAGAGACCUUGCUUACGUCCGUUCGAAGUUAAAACGAAAGCGGUGCUGUUGA